AGCGGUGCCGAGCCACCUGUAGCAUCAAGAUCAAGGAUCCAAACUAAAGACAAUAACAAACCCGCGCUGUGACAGGACCAGGCAGGACCACAGUCGACCAGACCAGGCUUCCCCCAUUCCCAACAAGGACAAAAGUACAAUUCAACAGAAUCUAACCAGCUGAUAAUCUGCCUGCCACCAUCACCGCGGCAUUACAGGCUGUGGCACCUCAGCCUGUAGGGACCGUAAAUCUCCAACAACAACAAACCUCAGCCUGGUGCUGUCUUCGUUCUUACCUUCACGGCUGCCGUGCCCUGCAGCACUCCAACUCACAGACGCGUCACUUCACACCCACAAGUCAAUAUCAACACAGACUGAGUGGCUUUCAAAACCAAGGAUGAUGGCAGAAUCCCAGGUAGGAAAAGAGGAAACCAGAGCAAAGUUACCACCUCACCAGAAGCACAAACAAGCUCUGCUCAGUGAAUUGUCGAGAGAGGAGCUGGAGGCUAGAGUGAAGCAGGUGGAGGCUCACAACACACAGUUACGCAACCUUCUCUCCAAGAGCCAGACUGGAGCCACACCAGACUCCCUCUCCACUCACGGAAAGUCUCCUAAACAGAGAGACUUUGAUUUCUCAAAGUACUCCUGCAGACACGUGGCGCUGAAGCUGUGUUACCUGGGGUGGGACUACCAAGGGUUCACAGUGCAGGAAGACUCCCACAACACUAUCGAGGCUCAGCUCUUUGCAGCUCUACUUAAGACCAGACUCAUCCAGUCCAGAGAGACCUCCAACUACCACAGGUGUGGCCGCACAGACAAGGGUGUGAGUGCCUUUGACCAGGUAAUUUCUAUCACCCUGCGUAGCAAAGUGAGGAAGGGGAUUGGGGUGGAAGGCGUCACCCAAGAAAAAGAUUCCUCCACUACUGACAGACUGAAGGAGUAUGAGAAAGAGGAGGAGGAAGAGGAAAUCAAUUAUGUUCAGCUACUCAAUAGAGUCCUUCCUCAGGAGAUAAGGAUUCUAGCCUGGUGUCCUGUGCCUUCAGAAUUCUCUGCCAGAUUUGACUGCUGCCAGCGCACCUAUAAAUACUUCUUUCCUCAGGGCAGCCUGGACCUGCAGGCCAUGAACCAAGCUGGCCAACACCUGGUAGGGGAGCACGACUUCCGCAACCUAUGCAAAAUGGAUGUGGCCAACGGUGUGGUGAACUUCAAGCGGCGUAUCAUGGCCGUGAGGGUGGCAAGGAUGGACCAGAAGGACGGUGAGGACACAGGUGGAGGCAGUGAAGAUGUAAAUGAAAGCCCAAGUGAUGGUGAUGGUUAUGGGAUGUGUGUGGCCACUAUAGAGGGCCAGGCCUUCUUGUGGCACCAGGUGAGGGCUGUGAUGGCAGUGCUGUUCCUGGUGGGGCAGGGCAAGGAGCAGCCAGACGUGGUGGCAGAACUACUGGAUGUAAAGACUCAUCCAAGGAAACCCCAGUAUUGCCUGGCCAGCGACCUGCCCCUUAACCUGUGGGCAGUGCACUUUGACGGUGUGGCAUGGCGCUGGGAUGAGGACGAGCUGCGCCGCCUCCUGGGCCAGCUGCAGGAAGUGUGGACGCAGCAGGCUGUCCGUAACACCAUGACCAGAAGUAUGCUGAAGGAUCUGGAGGGUCGCUAUGAAAGAUUGAUAAGAGUGAGGGAGAAAAGGAAAGGCAAAGAGGAUGAGGAAAAACAGCCAGGAAAUAAUGAACCAGAGAUGAAGAAAAUGAAGAGGGACGAGGAAAAUAAUGAAGAGGUGAAGAUGAGGAUGGAGGAGGAAGAUGAGGGAUGGAGAGUGAAGGAGCAACCAGCAGUCUUGAUGUCCGGGAACAAAUGCAAAGUUUACCGUCCUCUUCUCACACGACCAACUUGCGAGAGUCUGGAGAAGCGGGUUGAGCACUACAUCAAGAAACAAAGGCUGGAUCCGGAACUACUGAAAAAACUUGAUUAAUGACACAAACCUUCAGUGGAUGAGUUUGAUUCGCAGAGAAGCAGAAUAAAGCUCACCACCUUUA